AGAGAUUGAACCAGUCAGUCAUAAACACUGAACGAGAUGUUGUUCAAAUCGGUUUCUACUCGUAGCCCGUCUAUGGAAAAAUCUCUCUCAAAGACUACGUCAAUCUAUCAAUGGAUGGGGAUUCAAUACUUUUCCAUUUUGCCGGAAACCUUAGAAGCUACUAGUAGGACGAAUAGUUUGAAUAGGAAGUUCAAGUGGAUAUUUGCAGUGAAUAUUAUGAUGACGAUAUGUGAAUCUUGUGCGUUUUCAUUUGCGAUAUAUUUAUCAAAACGUGAGAAUAGACAGGGUAAUGUUGCGACAGGUCAAAUUGUACAAUUCGCAGUCUCCAACUUGUUGAUUGUUGUGCUCGUGGCCACAAUACUAAACUCUCUACUGCUGCGACAAAAGACCAGACAGAUCUUCAAAAAUUGCAAAUUUAUUUCCAAAUCUCUACUCAGUUUAAACCAAUGCGUUGACUACAAAGCGUUUGCCGAUGAAUUCAAAAAAUCUUUGGCCAAACUUUUGCUUUGUUUAAUUGUAUCCUUUUCGGCAGGACUGUUAUUCAAUUUUCUAAGCAACAGUACGAAUGCAUUUUUGUGGACAAUUUUUGCAAUUUAUCCGCACUUCUUCAUUGUAAUCACAUUCAGUUAUUGGACUUUUCUGAUUCGUUUAGUCCGAGAACAACUUCGGUUCGUAAAAGAUAGUCUCGUCCAGCUGCAGAAAAAUGUCCAAAUUUUUAGAAUCGAUCCAGAGAUACGCAAUCACGAUUCCAGGUUGAGAAGGAAUCAUGAAACCUACAACUUUUUCGUGAAAUUGAAACGAAUCUACGGCGUAAUUUAUGAGACAUCCUUAAUUGUGAACGAGUUCAUUGCAGUUCCGAUUUGUUUGAUUAUAAUUUUCGUUCUCAUCUCUAAUGUGUCUAGUGGAUAUAAAGUGUUCUUGUCACUUCGAAAUGAUGUUCCUAUGGAGCGUGUGGUCGGCCCGAUAUUUGCAAUCUUCAUCAUGCUCGCAAGUCUUUGCACGCUGAUAUUUUCUUGCAGUUCAACAUACGCUGCCAACAAUGAUGUUUUAAGGCAUUUGCACAAAUUCGAGUGCAACAAAUUGGAGAGAGAGUUUGGCAUUUCAGCAAUUUUAACAGAAUUUUCUACACAAAUCGUGCAGCAACCGAUUGAGUUCACAGUUGGAGGCUUUUGCUAUUUAACUCAACCAUUUUUGGCCACUAUCAUCACAGGCGCUAUGACCUACGUCAUGCUAUUGGUUCAAUUUUCCACAUCUUAAUUGGAAUGUUUUCAAAGCUUUUACAUUUUGUUGAAUCCAGUCUUGAGGUUGAAUAAAGCACGUCAUC